AUGACAAUGAUCUUCACAGAGGCCUUUGAACUUUGGUGCGUUGCCAACCAUGGGAACGCGGAAGACCGACACAGCGCCUUCAUGAGAGCCCUGAAGCGGGCCUCGGUCAGAAGAAAGAAAAGGCUGUUACGCACAGUGGCGCACACCCAGCCGGCCGAUAAUGACAGUGAACGCCGAAGGGAUAGGAGAGAUGAGGACGGACCUCCCGGACCGUCGGCAGGGAAUGCCCUUUUCAAUUCUAUGCCCCUCAUAGUUUCAUUUGGGGACUCCUAA